GAGCGGGGUGCAGCGUCACGUACCUCCGCGCGCUCCGUGGUCCUCACGUGGUCUCUACACGAGUCUCCUAGUGUCCUGGCUGUCUGCCGGCUUCCGUGCGACAUGUCUUCGGAGAUCAGCAGCUGCGCGCGCAGCGCCCGGAACAAGGCCUCUUCUACUCGUUUCCUCGCCUCCAAGAUGCGUCAUAUCAAGAAGAUGCUGAAGCCCCUGGCGAGGAUGCUGUCGCGGAAGACGACCCCCUCGCGCCGCCGCACCCCAGAGGAAGGCGACAACGCCGUGAACGAGGCCAUGCGCCGCCGGGGUCCCGAGGAGGACGACAACGCCGUCAACGAGGCCUUGGAGGCCCGGCUGCGCCUUGUCAAGGAGGGGGAGGCGACGCCGCCGACCGCGUGGUGCGGGGACCACCUCGUGCCGGUCCCCGCCGUGCCGUGCGCGCUGCUGCUGCUGCUGCCCGACAGGGACAUCUGGCGGCGGGGCGGCGAACUGGCGCUCACGGCGCGGCAGACGGCCCAGCAGCAGGUGCCAUCGCCUCGCCCCGCGGCGGCGACGGCGCUGGCACACGAUGCGUAGCAGGCCUCGCCUCGCAGCGCGCACCUGAAACAAUGCUCACACCGGCCGCGUCCGCUCAACGUCAGUCCGAAUCUCGAAGCCGGCAAGUAAAUAAUUGCAGCCAGCGUUUCAUUUCGUUUUAUCUUUGAUAAACACUUUCUUUUAAACAUUUUAAUAAGAUUGCUGGCAUUUUAAAUUUAUUUUUAAUGACUUUUUUCAAGUAGUUUUUUUUUUUAAAUUCAGACCGUCAACGACGUAUUUGUUCCUGUGAUCUUGAAGCUUUAAACAGUUGUAAAUACCUUUUUAAUAUUAAUAUGUUGUAAAUAGUGUUUUUAAAUCAAUGUUUGUGAAUAAAUUAUGCUCAAAAGAAAAAAAAUAGGGUACAGUAACUCAUGUUUACUGUGAACACUGGCGUUUAGAUAAAAUUUUAUUUUGGAUUUAAAAAAAAUGCGAUAACUUAAAUCUUAAAUA